GCUACAUUUCCCGGUCUGUGUUUGACGCUUAAGCGUUGAUUUGAAGAUUAUAGGGGGGGACGGGACGGGAAAGCAAGAAGAAGAAACGUCUCUCAUGGCGUCGAAUUCCUUCAAGAAUACGGUGCUGCCGGUGUCGCAUCCGCCGAUUGACCAGCUGGAGGAGGACAAAGAGCGGCCCAUCAAGAGAGGAGAUGAUCGGCUUUUCAAAGGAUCCGCCAUGACCAAGAGAAGCGCUUACGCCGCCGUCUCUUACAUGGCCUGUGCCGUGCUCCUGGUGCUCUUCAACAAAGCGGCUCUUUCCUCUUAUAACUUCCCUUGUGCAAAUGUUAUUACUCUCCUUCAGAUUAUAUGUUCUUGUUCCUUUCUGUAUGCACUGAGACGCUGGAAGAUUAUUUCCUUCACAAAUAAUGAAUCUCUAAUAAUUUCUGAUAACUCCACAAGUUUGGUGCCGUUGAAGACAUUGAUACAAACCUCUCCUGUUGCAUUCGCCUAUUUGCUUUACAUGCUAGUUGUCAUGGAGUCUGUCCGUGGUGUAAAUGUUCCAAUGUAUACCACCCUAAGGCGGACUACAGUGGUAUUUACAAUGAUUGUGGAGUAUCUUCUUGCUGGGCAGAAGUAUUCAUCAUCUAUUGUUGGAAGUGUUGGCUUGAUUGUUCUUGGUGCAUUUGUGGCGGGAGCUCGAGACUUGUCAUUUGACCUCAAUGGUUAUGCUGUUGUUUUCCUAGCCAACAUCACCACAGCAAUAUAUCUUGCAACUAUUGCCCGCAUUGGAAAAUCCAGUGGUCUUAAUAGCUUUGGCCUUAUGUGGUGUAAUGGAAUAUUAUGUGGACCAUUUUUGCUGUUGUGGACAUUUCUUCAUGGCGACCUGAAUGCUACAAUGAAUUUUCCUUAUCUGUUUGCACCUGGUUUUUUGGUUGUGUUGCUAUUUUCCUGUAUUCUGGCGUUCUUCUUGAAUUACACCAUUUUCCUAAACACAACUCUCAAUUCAGCAGUUACACAAACAGUUUGUGGUAAUUUGAAGGAUGUCUUUACCAUUGGACUUGGCUGGCUAAUUUUUCGCGGGCUUCCAUUCGAUCUUCUAAAUGUUAUUGGGCAGUUUCUGGGGUUUAUUGGCUCUGGUCUGUACGCCUACUACAAGCUUGUGGGGAAAUGAUUGCAGCUCAAGCAAUCAAUACAGCGUUAGUGGUGAUCGAUCCCUCCCUUUACUUCUUCUCGUGUUGGAAAAGACAUGCCUAUAAACUAUCUCAAGAUUGGAGAUUUUUGUUCUUUUAGAAGUUGCUGACCCAAACCUUCGAGGAAAUUAACCACUAGUCUCACGUGCUGCUACAAAUGAUAAUUUUUUUGCUCAUUUUCAUUUCUCUGCAUUUAGGCUUUUGUAUUUAUGCCCAAUUAUUUGGGGUACAAAAUUGUUAGAACAUCUGUCCUGAAAUAUUGGUGUAUAUUAUUUUCAUCUAGAUGUACAAGCAAUUAAGAAAAUUUUCUUCAAACAUGAUAUUAUCACCUAUCUGAAAUGGUCAGA